GUGGGUUAAAAAGCCGAUACACAGGCUUUCUGUUGCUAAGAACCGGAGUGAAAUGCUAAAUGUAACAAUAGCAGGUGCUUACAUCAAAGGCCUUCGGUAUACAGUAAAUUAGGUUGAUCGCCCGUCAGUCGCGAGUAGCAGGUAUGAUUAUUUGAUGACAUUGUUAUAAUGUGGUGUGGGUUUUCGGCUGAUGAUGCGGCAAUAAUUCUCCGUAUUCGUCAGGGCUCGGUGUGUGUGGUUUCGCUGUCAGAUACGCAAUGGUAUGGAGUCAUGUAGUGGGCGGAUUACUUUCUCAUUCUAAUUGAAUGCCGUUCAUGAUAAAAGCGAUCACUCCUGGCUACCGUCUCAGCAUUCGUUCAGUGCAUUCACCCGGUUGCUCAUCGUACUUUUUCGUUGCUUCACUUUGAGUGCAAAAACAAUCUCAAGACUUUUCAGCACUUCCAAAUUGCCAUCGGAAUCCUCUGGUGUUCGGGGAGAAACGCUAUUGCUGCAGAAGAAAAUUGUACCGGGGCUGCAGGAUGCGGACGGCCACACUUUUCGUCUUACAGACAGUAGUUGUCAUCGGGUACCUGGCCUGCACAUCGACGGCAGGGAACGCCUGCUGCAAAGGCACAUGUCAUGAGAUCCCCAAAGGCUGCAAUUGCCCCUACAAGGCAGUGUUGUGCGGGGAGUUAAACACACUUACCAUGGGAAAACGGAAAUCGGGAGACCCUUACCAGACAGUAAUGUCGCCACAGCAGCAGCAGUACCAACAACGAAGACCGCAACUGCCUCAUUCCCGAGCGGACAGGCGGCUAGAUGAUGGCAGGAUUGUAGGCGUUUUGAAUAAUCUUUUGAAACUCUUGAAGGAGACGCAUCAAGCCGACCAAGAUGCGUUCGAUGUACAAGACCAGAACGACAAUGAGGACUGGGAGGCGGUGACGUCAAGUAGGAAACAAGCAUCUGAGCAUGCGCAGAAUGUGUUCCGCCGCCAAUCACUUUUCGCAGAAGACGUAUAUUGAAGACUUUCAAUUGAUCGCUUAUAUGAGAAACAUUGAAAUAUUUUGUUGUUGCUUUCUUCAAAUUGAAAUUUGACUUUGGCCCUUUGUCUCUUUAUAUAGUAUCACAUUUUUGAGCUUCUGGUACAUUUUUGUACAUCCAGCACAGACUUUAAACAUCAGCCGAGCGCCUUGAGAUUGUAAAAAACUCUGAAAGAAAAUAUUUUAUUAGCUUGCGAAGAAACAUUUCUUUGAAUAUUGAUCAUAUAUAUUAGGCCUGAUUAUGAUAAACGUCAUCUGCGCUACUUUUCUAAACAAACUCGCACUUUAAUUUCCCAUUAUGAACACGUCAUGUGUCCCAAUGUCUAUUUUACUUUGAAAAGAGAUAUCUAAAAAAGAGAAAAGGCCAUUAGCCAUACAUUUUCGUUGGCUGCAAGGGCACAGUAGUAAUUCCCCUGAGGUUGGUGAAGUUUAAUCUUUCUCGUAUUAAGUGGAACACCACUAUACUGUAUAAAGAAUCCACUAAAAGGUUUCAGCCUUUUUGGAAAAAUUUGAUCUAUGGCAUGUAAAUUGGGUUCCAAAGGUAACGUUUGCUGUCGUCUGCAAAGGUUCAGCGUGUAACAGCUAGCGUUCUGCAGUGUGCACACAGACAUACGCGUAUUGCAUGUAACACCAUUAUUGCAGUGUCUUUCAUUUUUGCCACAGUUUAAAACGACAUUUUGCGCAUCUGAUAUUGCUGGAUACCUUGCUUGACAUUUUCCAAGUUUCUGGAUGGAUCCGUUUGUCCAUUCGCGUGUAUUUUGUUGAUGGACAAUAACAGGGAAAUGUAAUGAGAAUCAUUAUAUCCAUGUACAAUCGUAUAGCUCAAUUACCGAGAAAGUUAAAUAUAAAGCAAUACUAACAAAUAACAGUGAAUAAUCGUAAAUACUACAUGUUGAUAUGAUCCUUUCCAGCACAUCCUAAUUGUUAAAAAAAAUCUUUAAAAACGUGGCCAUUUUUGUCAGUUAAGUACUAGGUCCUCUUAAUGGGAGUGAAACUAACCCAUACUUUAUGGUUAUCAGUCAUUUGAUCAUUGAUUAAAUAUUUAUAUCUACAGAUGUAUCUCCGUGUUUCCGAAAAUCGGAAGCAUAUUAAAGUGAUUUCUUUGUUCAUGUUGUAUUACUAGGAUGACAAAGCUAUAGGAAUGUAGUAUUGGAAUUCCCGCUAUUGGAAUACACGCUAUUAAUUACUUCUGUCCAAAAUAUGGUACUAAGGCACAGUGUGCACGGUGAACACAACGUGGUCACGCAAAUGUAGUUGAUGUAUAAGUCCAUACUAUGGCUUGCUUUACCUAAUAGAAUUGGCGUUAUAAUUGUACUGUCGGCAUUUGGUAUGCAGAAUUUGAAAUAAUUUCACGCAUUUGACGGGUUUGCUCAAUACAAAUGUCAUAGGAUGACCUUCAGCUCUUUGUCUUCAGCAUUUUCGUCUCAAGUGAAAGCCAUGAAUAUGUUUACAAAAGAAGCUUUUUCAGGAUUUGAAGCAGCCAAGAAAGCCAAUAGAGAUUAUUCUAAUAUAUACUUAAAAUGUUAUAUCUAUGUAAACUGUGUUCUGUUACUUCACCAUCAUCUUUCUGUUUUCUCUGACAAUUCGUAACCAUCCUAACACAGGCUUCUUAACUAUAUGUGUAAGAAAAUUUGGAGAUACCUUAAUUACAAUAUUCCAUUCCAACGUUCUCCUUAUCGUUUUAUAUUAUAAAAAAGUGGCAUUGCUGUCACUGGGGACAAAACCAUUUAGCACAUGGUUCCACAUAAAGGAAAGUUGUGAAAAUCUACACCCCACACCCUACAAGUGAGGGGAAUUUCAAAUUAAUCUCAAUCGGCUCUGAUGAUGGGUAGGGUAACCCCUCAAACGUUCUAGACAGGGCACAUGGACAUUUUUAUUGGGAACUGCCACCGUCGUUACGACAAUUAGAUUAAAUAAUUCGAGGUGUUUUAUUUAACCACUAUUUAAACCAUGAUUGUAAAAUUACUUUGGUCGUAAAGGAUUAAUAAAGCUCAGUUAAGAAGCUCAUGUAGUAGUUAACAUCUUUGAGACUGAUACAAAAAGGAUCUUGUGACCAUGACGAGAAAUUGUAGUUUAUCACCCAUAAUUGUUGUGCAUUUUUUUCUUGUAUCAAAAAAUCCGUUAACUGUUCCAGAAUUAUACAACCCAGCGACUUGAAACCUUUUUUUGUCUGAUGUUUGUGGUGAAAAACACGACGAUGACGAACUCCUAAAGGUCAGAAUAAUUCCUGCGCGGCACUGUUGCAGAUUUUAAAAUUCAAAUAUACACUCUUAGAGCCCUGGAAAGCAUAAAACUUAAUGACAUUCCACAAAAAUUAACUGGGGCUGAAAGGGCGAGAGAAGAGUAUCGGGACAAUGCGUCACAGAGAGGAACAAAUAAACAGCUCGAAACUAUGAGCCUCAUAAAUAUCGUCUUCAAUGAACAAAGGGCAGUGACACAUUCAGAUCGAUGCUCUCGCAAAUGAUAUAAAGCUUUGCCAUUUCAUACACAAAGAAUGAAGCAUAACCAUUGCAGGUAGACCCUGUCUCCUUCGUGUUAGUCUAUAAUGGGAGCCAGUUUUGGUUGUUGCCAUACAGCGAAAUUUGUGCGAUGUGAGUUUGUGCACAUAAAACACUAAAUAACAUUAUUUCGCUACCAAUUAGUUCAUAAUUCUCUAGUACCCACCGGUCUCACUUUUAAGAACUAACAAAAACGAAGAUACUCUAAACAAAAAUAUGUGAGUCUAGUUGAGCAUUACAUCGUGACAUAUAUAGAUAAAGAAAUUACAUGAGUUGUUAUUUUUUUUCUGUGAAGAUUUUUGUGAUGAUUCUCAUACGACAAAAUUUAUCGGGUUUUUUUUAAAGAAAAGCUGCCCAAAUGAAUUGAUGCAAUCACCUGUUUCUGUUAAGUCCGAGCACUCUCUACGAUAAAUGUGUGUCGUAAUGUCGAUUACUGCACUGUUCCCGUGGGUUGGGAUGUGAGUGUUAAGGGACGGCAGCAUUGACAGAUGAAUGCGACAAAAACAAUCUAUCUUGAUCACUUAAGGCUCGGUCUACUAAUGGUGGUCUGUGAACCGUACGCAAUGUAUUGUAAAUCUUUGCACAGAAGUCCCUGAUGAGAAAUCGACGGCAAAAAUUAAUUGAUUGAAUGUUGCGCUUUUUGCCCCUUUUUCCCCAUGGAACACCCUAGCAUGUGAGUCAGCCGGCGCCUAAAUUAAUGUCCACGCCGACUUACAAAGACGGAAAUGCCACAAAUUGAAAUUGCUGCGAUUCCACGCAGGUAGGAGCGUGUGACUGACCUGAACAAGCCAUUUAUGAGUGGAAUUCUUUAAGUCCGACUUUAUCCCAAAGCCUGUUUUUCUCCCACCAAUUAAACCAUUAUAAUCAUUGUCCAUUUCAACGGCAAUAGCUAAUUGAAAGGUUCUGAUAACCCUUGCUUUGUUUGCAGUCCCCUUGAAAACCUCACACGUCCCACGCACUAGACGCUUCAUAGUGCACUUUUGUUUAAAGUUAAAGGCAGCGACACUUUUCAUCAAUGCUCGCCCGAUGAAACAAUUAAUUAAAGCUAAACUCUGUCAAACACUCGGACUUCCAAUUGUCACCACCUUGGAAUAUCAGUUGUUUGACUAUCAGUAAUGAUGAACCGUUUCCUGUACAGCUAUCACUGUUAAUAAAUUAGGCGCCAUUGCGCGCCUCGUUGAUUAAAGGGGAAAAUGGAUUUUCGGCCAUUAUGUAUAGCACGAUAAAACCCAUACGGAGCAGAUAUUUCCUUGAGGCAAAAAGCAAUUUUCCAGGAUACUAGUUACAUGUUCUAUACGCUUGAAAGAACUAGAGAAUGGCUGGCAUAUUUUAAUAUGUACAAUGGUACGCGAGAAGUGACUGAGAGUGGCACUAGCAUGGAUGAGGAAGAGAGAGGGACUUAUUGGUACAAUUAUUGGGGCAAAUUUUACCGAGCUUCUAUCUAGAAAUCAGGACACAUUGCUUAGCAACUUUACGUCCUAAUAUAAACAAAACUGCAGCUGAUAGACAUUCACCAGCAAAGUGAACCACAUGACAAUUUUAUUAGUAACCCCUUUGAUAAUUAAUGUUUCUACUUGGCCAAUUUCUGUGCUCAGCAGCUCCACGAAAUUAGCCCUAUAGCACGGGCAGGUGCUGUCACCUAGCACGUGCAGAUGCUGUUACCUGCACGUACAGGUGAUGUUACCUAUAGCACGUUCAUGUGCUGUUACCUAGUACGUGCAGAUGCUGUCAUCUAGCAGGUGUAUGUGCUGUUACCUAGUACGUGCAGGUGAUGUUACCUAGUACAUGCAGGUGCAAUACCUGGCACGUGUAGGUGAAGUCACCUGCACGAGUAUACUAUGAGGGUAUGAGAAAUGUUACAAUUACUAUACUGGUAUUCCUAUCUGAAUGAUGAGUGAGGGACCUGGAAGGGUGAUGAUGGUAUGGGUGUGAGUCCGUCUCAACAGAGAGGUACGAGGUGAUUGGAGUAUGAUUUUGAUUGGAACGAGCGGGUGUGCUCGGAGGAGUGUAUAUGGCGAAUUGACUGGGCCCAAGUAGAUAUUCGAUUAGGCCCAAGAAGGAAUAGAGUUUGCCACACCUACGACUGACACAUUCUGCUAGUGUCUGUUUCUAAUACCCCAGGUAAAGUUGUUGAAGAAAACAUAACAAAAUCAGAGAUAACAGUUACUCGGUGCUUGAUUUGCGGCCAUUAAGACAUAAAAGUUAACAAAUACAGUAUUAAAGCUUAUCAAGUUGCAAUCUCGGGUUCAAGUUGUGACAAACACCUGACGUGCUGAGUUAAUACUUUUGACCCAAAAUAUACCUACUGUAAGUAUAGACUAGUGCAUUAAAACCCUGCCCAUGUAUUAAAUACAUACCUUUUGCAUUAUAUGUCCUUUGCGAAAUCUAAUUAUGUCUUGGAAACGCUUGAUAUGGGAACAUUGACGCACGUGUUAUGUGAUUUAUUGCUUGUAAAUAUUCGCUUUUUCGCUUCAUGUGUGUUAAAAUUUAAAUACGAAUAUUUAAAAGUUCUUAUGGGUUAUAUUAAAACAGAAUUAGGGCCUAUGUUCAUUAAAACUCGCAUUGAAAA